CCGGCCCUGCCCUGCCCGGCGCGGGCGGCGCGAUGUGAGUCGACCGAGAGCCCGAGAGUCCCCCUGGCACGCCAGCUCCGCGCAGCGCCGGCGCCAGCAGGCGCUCGGAACAUUUUGUGCUGACUGAAGGUGAGGACGGCCACUCAACUCACGUCAGUGUCUCCACUGCCCGGCACACACCCUCCUACAGAGGCCGGGCUCCAGGAGAAGAUGGCAGCCAAGCAGCCCCCACCUCUCAUGAAGAAGCACAGCCAGACGGACCUUGUGAGUCGCCUGAAGACCCGCAAGAUCCUCGGCGUGGGCGGGGAGGACGACGAUGGGGAGGUCCACCGCUCCAAGAUCAGCCAGGUGUUGGGCAAUGAGAUGAAGUUUGCUGUUCGGGAGCCUUUGGGGCUCAGGGUCUGGCAGUUUGUUUCUGCUGUGCUCUUCUCCGGCAUUGCCGUCAUGGCCCUCACCUUUCCUGACCAGCUCUACGAUGCGGUCUUUGAUGGAGCGCAGGUGACCAGCAAGACCCCCAUCCGCCUCUAUGGCGGCGCCCUCCUCAGUCAUCAUCCGGUGGACGCUGCUGACCGAAGCCUGCUACUUCUCCGUCCAGUUCUUGGUGGUCACUGCCACGCUGGCCGAGACGGGCCUCGUGUCCCUAGGGAUCCUGCUGUUCCUGGCCAGCCGCCUCCUUUUUGUCGCCAUCAGCGUUUACUACUAUUACCAAGUCGGCCGAAAACCCAAGAAAGUGUAGCCGCCCGCGGGCCAGGGGCCCCCCUGGGGCAGGGAGGCCCGGGAACCUCGGUUUCCCUUUGGUUCCGGAAGGCAGGAAGGACCCCGCCCCAGGCAGGCAGGAGCGGCCGCCUUCCUCUCCUCCUGGGCGCUCCCCGAACGCCGUGAUCUCCUGGGCCCUCAGGUUUGGGGAGGGAUGGAACCCCUGCACCCCAUCCUUCCCCCCACACGGUGACGCCUCCUGUUCCUGGGUCUCUCGGCCUCUGGAUCCCCUGGACAGAUGCUCAAGGAAGAGCCUGAGUCACAGGCAUCCGGCCAAGGCCAGGCUCCUGCCCCCCUGUCACAAGACCCUUCUUUCUUGAGAGGCCGUGGACUGCCUCCUUGUCCUCCCCACGGGCCCCCAGCCAGUCUAAUGCCCAAGCAGUUGAACUUGGCUUCUGCCCAUUCCUAGAAAACCUUAGAAUUGGACCCCGGGCCCCUUCCCUUCCAUGCGGGCGCUCUCCACAUGUAGGGGACCCUCUGCCCGCUAAACACACAGUGUAGCUGCGGGCUGGCAGGCAGGGGUCUGCCUUUGACCCCGGGCACCUCCCUUUCCACCUUCUGUGAGGUGGGCUGCGGGUAGCAGGGUCCUGUCCUCAGCCCCGGCCACCACGGCCUCUCUUCGGGCCUCGCUCUUGGCUGCUCUGCCUCCACCCAGCUCCUGAAGGCCCCCAGCUGUCCCCUCUCCCAACUGGCCUGGGUCCAGAGGCUGCCAAGGGCCUCAGCCACAGGCCGGCCCUGACAGGUGGACACCCGGGUAACCCCAGGUGGAGGCCACAUGUAAGUGACGGGGUUUGUGGAUGAGGAAGAGAGAAGCAUGUCUUCAUCACUUGGCGUGUCCUCCAGGGUC